UGGCCAGUGGAUCUGAGAUCUGUGGACCUUGCCCCCUCGGGGGAGGGCUGAGGCACUGGGAGGCAGUCUCUCUGUCUCUCUCACUCCUCCUUGUAAUGGGCUCCAGGGAGUACUAGCACUCUUUAUCUGCAGGCCUGCUGUUCUGCGGCUCUGAUGGAGGCAGCAGGGAUCCCAAGCCCCAGUCAGUGGGAGGGUGGACAUUGACCCCACCAGUACAAACAGGAUGCUGAGUGCCAAGGCGGAGUUCUACAGCGAGCGAGCGAGGCGCUUCGCACAACCUGAAGAUAGUCUAUAGAGGAUGCCAAAUGAGGGGAUGCCUGCCUCCAGUCACACCACAGAGCCUGACUGUCCCCAGAGUCAGCGCGUCAGCAAUGAUGAGGAAGCAGCGAGCAGGCAGGGCAGCGAUGGUGCCGCAGAGGCAGGGGAGAGCCUCCCCUCCUGUUCCUCUGACAGUGGGCCGUCUGCCUCUGCUGAGGGCUGUGUGGAGGCUCUGAGGAGGGGGCCGGCCUUGCUGCACAUCGACAGACAUCGGAUCCAGGCGGUGGAGCCGAGCGCGCAGGCCCUUGAACUGCAGGGUCUGGGCGUGGACGUCUACGACCAGGACGUGCUGGAGCAGGGCGUGCUUCAGCAGGUGGACACGGCCAUUCAUGAGGCCAGCCGCGCAGCCCAGCGCGCUGACGCCGAGAAGGAGUAUCGGUCUGUCCUGGAUGACCUCACGUCAUGUACAAUAUCCCUGAGGCAAAUCAAUAAAAUUAUUGAACAACUGAGCCCUCAGGCUGCCACCAACAAAGAUGUCAGCCGGAAACUAGACUCUGUGAGACGACAGAAGUGCAACAAGGAGCAGCAGCUAAAGAAGAUCACUGCAAAGCAGAAACGUCUCCAGGCCAUCCUUGGUGGGGCAGAGAUAAAAGCUGAACUGGAUCCGGCCAGCCUGGAGGAGGAGGAUGCAGGCGGUGGUGAAGAUUGCCUGACAGAAUUCGUUCCUGGAAGUAGGAGAGAACCGGGCCCGUCCUGUCUCGGCAGCAUGCUCAUGCCUGUGCAGGAGGCGGCCUGGGAGGAGCUCAUCCGCACUGGCCAGAUGACACCUUUUGGUACCCGGAUCCCUCAGAAACAGGAGAAAAAGCCUAGAAAGAUAAUGCUCAACGAAGCGUCAGGCUUUGAAAAGUAUUUGGCCGAUCAAGCAAAACUCUCUUUUGAGAGGAAGAAACAAGCUUGUAAUAAAAGAGCAGCUAGAAAAGCCCCAGCCUUGGACCCUUCUAAGGUGAGCCCAACACGAAACGAAAACAGACCAAACCAGAGAAGCAGAGUUCUCUCGAGAGCAGAUAAGCGCUUGCAAAAGCACAUGAAGAAACUGCAGAAGAGGGCCCUGCAGACCCAGGGGAAAAUGGGAUUGCCAAAGAGAAGGAAGCCCCUGGAACCAGAGGGGCGGCCAAAGGCAGAGGGAGACUCUGAGAGCGAAGGGUCUGAGUAUUUGCCCACCGAGGAGGAGGAGGAGGAGGAGGAGGAAGAGGAGGCGGCAGCUGGGGCGGACCUGUCUGGAGACGGCACCGACUAUGAACUGAAGCCCAUGCCCAAGAGCCGGAAACGACAGAGGAAGGUCCUGGCGCUGGACAUCGAUGAUGACUCUUCCCCAAGUUCUGGGGAAGAAGCCGAAGCCACAGGAGGAGGCGGAGGCGGAGGCCGGAAGGUGCGGUGCCGAGAUGAUGGCGAUGAAGAUUAUUACAAGCAGCGGUUAAGGUUGGUGGUGCAGCCCGUUAGGUACCGGACCAGAACCUGAGCUCAGGGCAGUGAUGCCCGCAGCAGAAGCCAGUGGUGGGGCCUGGGGAAGGAGACGGAGCUGCAGGGGUGCAUGGGAGGGACCCAGC